AUGUCAGAAGAAACAUCCAAAGUUCCAGAGAAGCCAGUUCAGGAGUCGAAUGGCUCUCAAAUACCGCCUAACGAUGGAGUUCAUGCCAAAUCAAAGGGCAACGAUGAAGCCGAGGAAGAUCUCUCAGAAGAAGAUCUGAAACUGAAAAAUAACCUCGAGACUCUGGUGGAAAGAUUGAUGGAGGAUGAUGCAACGCUUUACGAGCCUUCUCUCGCACAUCUGAAGGAGCUGGUGCGCGAUUCCACCAGUUCUAUGACAGCAGUGCCCAAACCGCUUAAAUUCCUUCGUCCCUUCUAUCCUGAAAUGUGCAACGUUUACGAGAAAUGGACCGAUGCAAAGCUCAAGUCUAUCAUGGCAGACACGCUCUCGGUCCUGGCAAUGACGUACUCAGACGAGGACAAGCGAGACUCGCUGCGCUUUAGGCUGGUUUCGGACGAAAAAGAUAUCGCAAGCUGGGGCCACGAAUACGUUCGCCACUUGGCGCUGGAAAUUGGCGAUGUAUACAACGAGCAGGUCGAAAAAGAGGCCGGAGACUCGUCCGAGCAAUCCCCAGAGCCUUCAUCUGCAGGUUUUAGACCCGCCGUGGAAGUUUCCAAGGAGUCUCUGGUUCAGCUAUCGCUAGAAAUUGUGCCUUAUUUUCUCAAGCACAAUGGUGAAGCCGACGCCGUCGACUUGCUUCUAGAGAUCGAAUCCAUUGACAAACUUCCCCAAUUUAUCGACGAAAACACAUUUCAACGCGUUUGCCAGUACAUGAUUGCUUGCGUUCCACUAUUACCACCUCCAGAUGAUGUCUUCUUCUUACAAACGGCUUACUCUAUCUACUUGAGUGAGUUACAAUUGACAGAAGCCCUAGCGUUGGCGAUCAGAUUGGAUGACGAAUCGCUAAUAAGAGCUGUUUUUGAUGCUACGUCAGACCAAGUCGUCCACAAGCAACUUGCAUACAUUCUUUCAGCGCAGAAGUCAUCUUUUGAAUAUGAAGGUGUUCAGGACAUCAUCGGCAACACCAAGCUUUCGGAACAUUUCCUUUUCUUAGCUAAAGAACUCAAUCUGACCGUACCAAAAGUCCCCGAAGACAUUUACAAGAGUCAUUUAGAUAACUCUUCCAAGGGCGUUUUCGCAGGGAGCGGCUUAGACUCCGCUCAACAGAACUUGGCCGCAUCUUUUGUCAAUGGUUUCUUAAACCUCGGUUACUCGAGUGAUAAGCUUAUUGUGGGCGAUGACAACUGGGUUUACAAGACCAAGGGAGACGGGAUGACUUCGACUGUAGCUAGCAUUGGGUCCAUAUACCAGUGGAACCUGGAUGGUCUACAACAGCUGGACAAGUACUUGUACGUCGAAGAGCCCGAAGUCAAGGCUGGUGCUUUGUUAGGUAUAGGUAUUUCUGCUUGUGGUGUCCAUGACAGCGAAGUAGAACCUGCCAUGUUAUUACUACAGGACUAUGUGACUAACCCAGAUAAGAAGCUAAGCUCUGCUGCAAUUCUAGGUCUCGGCAUUGCUUUUGCCGGGAGUAGAAACGACGAGCUACUAGGCUUACUGCUGCCGAUAGCCGCAGAUACCAACUUGCCAAUUGAGACUUCGGCUAUGGCAUCUCUCGCCCUUGCCCACGCCUUCGUUGGUACCUGCAACGGUGAUGUUACGACCGCGGUUGUUGACAACCUGCUUGAACGAAAUGCCACGGAGCUAAAGACUGAGUGGACGAGAUUCUUGACCUUGGCUUUGGGUAUUUUGUACCUUGGCCAAGGUGAUCAAGUCGAGGAUGUCAUUGAAACGAUCUCUGCGAUUGACCACCCUAUCACAUCUGCUAUCGAAGUUUUGAUUAACGUAUGCGCCUUCACUGGCACUGGGGAUGUUCUACUGAUCCAAGACCUAUUGCAUCGUUUGACCCCUAAAGACAAGAAGGGCGAGGAAGAAGGCGAAGAUGAAGAGGAAACUGGCGACUUAGAAGGCGCCAUCGAUCAGGAACUUGCCGAAACUCUUCAUGCCGUUAAAAAGGAAGAAACCGACAAUGAUGGUGAUGAGAAGAUGCAUUCUGCUGAAGAAGUUCAGAAGGACGACGAGAAGGCUGCAGAAGGGGACGAAAACAAGAGCAAAGAAGAAGACGGAAAGAGUCAGGAAGAAGAAGAAAAAGAGUAUGCUCUCAUUGAUGAGCUCACCUAUGCCGUUCUGGGCAUUGCCAUGAUUGCGAUGGGUGAAGGAAUCGGCAAGGAGAUGUCUCUACGUCAUUUCAGUCAUUUAAUGCAUUACGGUAACGACCAUAUCAGGAAAACUGUACCUCUAGCCAUCGGUUUACUUUCGGUAUCGGACCCUCAAGUAAAAAUCUUCGACACACUCUCAAGAUCUUCUCACGAUGCCGAUCUUGACGUGUCAAUGAACUCCAUUUUCGCGAUGGGUCUCACCGGUGCAGGAACCAACAACGCGAGAUUAGCACAGCUGUUAAGACAGCUAGCAGGCUAUUAUUCACGCGAGCAGAACGCUCUCUUCAUUACCAGAUUGUCGCAAGGCUUGGUACAUCUCGGCAAGGGAACUAUGACUUUCGACAUUUUCAACGACGCACAGGUACUAAACAAGGUCACUUUGGCGUCGUUACUGACCGUACUUGUGGGUUUGGUAACGCCUUCCUUCAUGUUGGACCACCAUUAUCUAUUCUACUACUUGAACAGCGGUGUGAGGCCUAAAUACAUAUUGACGUUAAACGAGGAUGGUGAUCCCAUCAAGGUCAACGUUAGAGUUGGACAGGCUGUCGACACAGUGGGACAAGCGGGUAAACCAAAGACUAUUACAGGCUGGAUAACGCACUCAACUCCGGUUCUGCUCGGACACGGUGAAAGAGCCGAGCUCGAAACAAACGAGUACAUCACCUACGCCAGUCGUCUCGAGGGUGUGGUAAUUCUAAAAAAGAAUCCCGACUACCGCGAAGAAGAGUAA